AUGUCGUAUAAAAAAGAAGACUUAAAAAUAUAUUGGAAUAAGAUAAACUAUGCUUUCCCAAUACUCAAUGACACUAUUUUCACCGACUGCAGUAACGCCGAGUACGAGGAGAUACAACAAAUAAUUGUCGGUCUUGGCAUUCAAAUUAAAAUACGAGACCUGGUAUUCGUCCACAUUGAAAAGCAUCUGCGGCAACAUGUUGCGCCUUCGUUUUGGUCGAAGUUUGUUAAAACUGAAGAAGAUGUGAAGGGUUUUCAGCUAUUCAAGUCUGCUGUCAAUGACUUAUACGAUUCUGUUUCCCAAUUCUCAGGAAUACUCGAAAGACUGACCAUAUUAAAUAAUAGCUGCAGUGAUGGCAAGCCAAUUUAUGGAGAAAAGGAUGUUAUUUCGGGUUUCAAACAACUUGUGAGAGCAACUCUGCUGGCACAAUUACCACUGGACUUUCAAGUCAUCAUCAAUAAUUUCUACAAAGUUUCCUUCAAUGUAUUUGAUUACGAGUAUGAGAACAAUGACAUGGGUGAAGAUGUCAUGUGUAAUGGAUGUUUGAAUGAAUGCUCAGACUGCAACUGUAUGUAUAUAGUGAAGGUGUUCCAUGACACCAACAGAAAACUGAUGGAGUUGCAAUUAUUAGAGAGACUGACUGGUCAAGUGUUGACUAACUUCAUUCAAAUGAGAAUAGAAUCUCACAUUCAAAAACUCUGUACAGGCACAUUUGAUGUAUCACACAUAGAAUUUUUGGAAAAUUGGCUUAAUACUAAUGUCAUGUCUUGGUUAACUAGAAUAUACUGUAGUGGCUCCUCUAAACCAUCUCCUGAUGAUUCAAAUACUCUGAAUGCUAUAUCCAAGUUUAAGCAAAAAUUAAGUUACUUUUUAUAUCACAGCUACACUAAACUAAGGAUAGACCAACUGUUUAACAUAAUAAUAGAAUACCCAGACUCCCAGCCAGCUGUGGAUGACAUUAAAAUCUGUUUGGAAAAGACUGACCUGAGAUCUACUUUAUGUAAGAGCUUACAAAGUGCCCUGGAAACAAGACUCCUGCACCCAGGUGUGAAUACACCUGAUAUCCUAACUGCUUAUGUGACCACCAUUAGGGCUUUGAGACAUCUUGAUCCAUCGGGAGUUAUCCUCGAAACAGUCACUAAACCUGUUAGAAAUUAUUUAAGGAAUAGAGAUGACACAGUGCGCAGUGUUGUUAGCAGUUUAACUGAAGAAGGAGCAGGGAGUGAGUUAGCUGAAGAACUAGUCAAGUUUGCAGCAGAAGCUGAAGGUGACAGUGAUAAAGAUGAGGCAUGGGAUGAAUGGAACCCCGAUCCUGUUGAUGCUGACCCAACAGUUGACUCAAGUGAUAGAAGAGCUAAUGAUAUCAUAUCAAUGCUUGUUAAUGUAUAUGGCAGUAAGGAAUUGUUUGUAAAUGAAUAUAGGACGCUACUUGCAGACAGAUUACUAGCACAAAGUGCCAUCAACACAGAAAAGGAAAUUAAAUACUUGGAAUUAUUAAAAUUGAGGUUUGGUGAAUCCCAACUACACUUCUGUGAAGUCAUGUUAAAAGAUAUAUCUGAUUCCAAAAGAAUUAAUGCACUAAUACAACAAGAUAAAGAAAUAGAAACUUUGAAUAGAAAGUUUACAUCCAAUGCAAUGAUCUUAUCUGCACAGUUCUGGCCUCCUUUCAAGGAUGAAAGCUUGGAGUUACCAGAGGAAAUAAAACGCCAUUUAGAAGCUUACACAAAAUCAUUUGAAGCUUUAAAGGGGAAUAGGACUCUAAGUUGGAAACCACAUCUUGGGAAUGUGAAUAUUGAAAUCGAAAUUGGAGAGAAAAAAUUAGACUUAACAGUGUCACCGUUUAAUGCUACACUGAUAUUGCAUUUUCAAGAUAAACCAGAGUGGACAUUAGAUGAGCUUCAUCAGGUUAUGAAGGUACCUGUGACAAUUUUAAGACGAAAAAUAACUUACUGGCAAUCAAUGGGCCUGAUCACUGAAAAGAGUACAGACCUGUUUGUAUUAGUGGAUGGUUCUGAUGGAAACAAGGCUAACGUAGCUACAAAUCAAGUCCAGGAAAUGAUCUGUGAGGAUGAUGAGACGGAGAGUGUAAUGGCUUCAGCACAUGAUCAGAGGGAAGGAGAGCUGCAAGUCUUCUGGUCUUAUAUUGUUGGCAUGUUGACAAACUUGGAUUCUUUGCCAUUGGAUAGGAUCCAUCAGAUGCUUAAGAUGUUUGCAUCUCAAGCUCCUGGUACUGAAUGCAGUCUACAGGAACUCAGGCAGUUUUUGGACACCAAAGUGAGAACUCAUCAACUUGUUUAUCAAGGAGGAAUGUAUAAAUUACCUAAGACAUAA